AUGAAGUGUAUUUUCGAUCCGCGCAUUACCAGUACCUCCUGCAAUGGAUGCAGACAGCGUGGCUCUCCAUGCAUCAGCCAGGAGUUUGUUCAGGACGACUCCCAUGUUGCGCACAGUGCGAACGAUAGCGCCUCUCUGGACGCCUCAACCCCCAUUGCGACUUCUAGUGACGAUGCGAGAAGAGCCGAUCAUGACAUUCUCACACCUGUGUCAGUAGACUCUGAGCCCUGCCGAUACCUCCCCUCUCGCAAGUCCUCAGAUAAACAAUUUACGACCCGGAGCAGCAAUGACGCAUCAACAUGUCCGAUGAAACAUGAGAAGCUUUCCAGGUAUCUACAUGAGGCACUACCGUCACGAGAAGAUACAGAGCGCAUCUGCAAAGCUAGCCGUCACUCCUCCAUACUUGCCCACGAGCUCUUGACCAUGCCGUACGACACUCUCUAUCGAAACGGCCUCAAGACUCCUGACAGUCUGCUUGGCAUUCCAGAACCACAUGUGCAUCCUGUUCUGAUUGCGAAGCACAUGCUCCAGCUUGCCACGUUCUUGCAGCACCUCCACCCCGAUCUUGACAAAGAAAUCAAAAUUCUUUCUGAGUCCCCGCGCGCCAUCAUGCAGCGUCUAGUUGAUAUCGCAAUCCACCACGUGACAACCAACAACGAGCUUUUGGGCAGUGUAGAAAGUCUUGAGUGUAUCAUGAUCGAGAGUUUGUACCAAGCAAACAUUGGAAACCUUCGAAAAAGCUGGGUCGCGGGUCGAAGAGCGAUGAGUAUCGCACAGUUGAUGGGACUCCAUCGAUCCGACAGCCUAUCGAAGUACAAAGUACUCGAUCCUAAGACAGAGUACAACCCACAACUGAUGUGGCUCCGCAUCGUCACCUUGGAUCGACACCUGUGUCUCCUCCUGGGCAUACCGCAAGGAUGUACCGACCGCAGCAUGGCCUCUGAAACUUGCCUUUCCAACGAUACGCAAAUGGGUCGUCUUGAGCGCCUACACUGCGUACUGAUGUCUCGUAUCCUGGAGCGUAAUGAAUGCAGUCCCAAUGCUCAACAUGCUGUCGUCACCCGCGAAAUCGAUUUGGAGCUGCAAAAAGCCGCUCGUGGCCUCACGAGCAAAUGGUGGCUAGCCCCCAAGCUCAACACUGCCUCUGCCGACCUACAAGUCCACUUUUGGGACACGCGACGGCUUCUUGCGCAGAUAUUUCACUACAACCUGCUGAUCCAGUUGCACCUACCAUACAUGCUGCGCGUCUCGUCUGAUGAGAGUAAACACGACUACUCACGGAUGACGUGCGUAAAUGCGUCGCGUGAGGUGCUGUCGCGCUACAUCACACUGCGUAGUUUGAACCGCAUUGCGUACAGCUGCCGCACCGUCGACUUUCUUGCCCUCAUGGCGGCCAUGGCGCUGCUACUUGCACACAUGGACUGUCAUCGAGCUGAAGCGGACAAUCCGCUCGCGCACCAAUAUCUGAGCGAUCGUGCCAUGAUCGAGCAAGUCCAGGAGAACAUGCAUGAGAUUAACAAGUUGAAUUCUGACGCACUGAGUGCUCAAAGUGCAGAUCUGCUGAAGAAGCUACUGGCGAUAGAGAUGGAGGCAGGCGAUACGCGAGUGAGCGUGAGUGAGGCGAGUAAUGGGGUCGUGCAACAAGAUGGUACAACACGAGAAGAGGAUGGCGUAGUCAGCGUACAAAUUCCGUAUUUUGGCAUCAUUCGCAUCGGAAAAGAUACCCCUACCGAAAAUCAAGCUUCAGUCACUGCUACCAUGCAUGGAACAGCUCCGUUGCAGUUAGAUCGAUUCCCAACUACCACCAACACCAACUCAGAUCCGGUGCAUGUUCAUUCUCAAGCCCGCUUCCCCUCAUCAACACAAUUGAGCUAUUCUUCCCAUCCGAACACGCCACCUCCUGCUCUUUCUCUUAACAACAUCGCAUUCCACGCCACAUCUAUGGCAGCUCUUCCAGAUUCUUCAGCUGUUUUCACGCGUCAGCAACACCAACAGCAGCAACAAGAACACCAAGAAUUCGGAGGAGAUUUAGCCACUGUCUCCGAUACAGCUUUUUCAUCGUCACUCCCUGCACCAUGGCAGGGUAAUUUUCCAGAGCUAGCUGCAGGAAGUGAGGACUGGGCGUUUCAGGGGGUGGACAUGGCGUUUUUUGAGAGCAUAAUGAGAAGUGACACAGAUCUUGGGCAAUGA